GAAAAGAUGGCGGGUACUUUGAAGGAGAAAGAGCUCGCUGAGCGACUUUACAGUACUCUACAGGUCCUGGGGUGCCCCCUGGUGGAAGGUCUGUUUUUGCAGGGAGCGGACAGCAUGGAAGAUCUGCUGUGCACUCCCUCCCUGCACCGCACCGACAUUCUCAAAUGGAUCUGUGCUAGCUGUUGCCCAUCACUUAAGGACAAGUUCUCCACUCUCAGAUCAACGCAGGCCGACGCCAUGAAUCAAGAAAUGGUGCGUUUUGGCCACGACUUGAUGCUCUGUAAACUUGAUGACUUGGAUCUGAUCAAGGGCUUGGCUCCACCCCUGCAGCAGCUUCAGUUCUUGGAGCAGCUGCUGGCUCUGAUCCCGGAAAAGUGCACAGAGCGAAGCAUUGUGGAGCCCUCCCCAUCUGGGGUAGAGCUGAGUGUGGCUGAGGUGGUGCAAAGGAAUGAGAAGCUCCUCGGGGAGUUGAUGUCCCCCAUUCACAUGCCUGAGCUGCUCCAGCUCCUGUUCCCCUCCUGCUGCCCCUGGAGUGCAGACCUGAGGGAGAUACUCCGCUGCAAAGCCUCCCAGAGCAAGAUGGGUCAGCAAAGGUCAGGUUGCGUCAAGCCUGAGGACCAUGCAGUCCCAGUGAGGGCUUUGCUGCAGUCGACUCGGGACACAGUGGAGGAGUUGCAGAAUGAGUGUAUAUUCCUGCAGUCAAAUGCGGCCUCUCCCAGCCCAGCUCUGUCUCCGUGUGCACUGCGCCUGGUCAUAUCUGACCUGUCCCAUCUCAUGCUGGCCUUCAGCCAGUCCUUCAACACAGAGUUCAGAGGCUACUGCCACAGGAAGCCCCCAGCCCUCUCCCCCAAUUCCAGCAGCUUCUGCACCGUGCACCAGCUCCUGCACACCUGCAACCAGGAGCUGCGGGCUCUUCAGCAGCUGUCAGACACCUCCAGCACGAUGGUAACAGCAUUGACGCAGGUGCAGAUGGAGAGGAUGUACUGGGGAGAGGGACAGAAGCACACUUUGCCCACCAAAUUGGAAGAGCUGAAGAAAAAAUACACAGACUUUCUCUCUCUGCAUCAGCAGUGAUGUGCCAAGGACUUUCUACAAGCCAUUCUUCUGUAGCCAGGAGGGAUACGUCCACACACCAUAACAUUAUAUGUAGUGUGUUCCUGCAUUUGACUGUUUUUGAAUUUGUUUGCUCUGGGCUUUUUUUCCUGUACAUAG